AUGAGCGGCCGCGGAAAGGGUGGUAAAACUCGUGUGAAGGCUAAGACCAGGUCGUCGCGCGCUGGUUUGCAAUUCCCAGUUGGUCGUGUGCACCGUCUGCUGCGCAAGGGCAACUAUGCUGAGCGUGUCGGCGCUGGUGCUCCUGUGUACUUGGCCGCAGUCCUGGAAUAUCUGGCUGCUGAGGUCUUGGAGUUGGCUGGCAAUGCUGCCCGAGACAACAAGAAGACCCGCAUCAUCCCCCGUCACUUGCAACUGGCCAUCCGCAACGACGAGGAGCUUAAUAAGCUUCUGGGAGGCGUGACGAUUGCUCAAGGUGGUGUGUUGCCGAACAUCCAGUCGGUGCUUCUGCCGAAGAAGACUGACAAGGUGAAGGCCUAA